GGGUACCCGUCCCAUGCUCACCCCUAGUGUAUAUAACACCUAAAAACCUAACUAUUCAACAAGCUAAUUGCAAAAAACUAUUAUAUUGAGCUUUUUCUAAAAGAGCUUUAGCCUUUAGGGACCCAAAAAGCUCUUUUUAUAAGCUAUUUACCAGACAUCCAAAUUAGUUUUUUUAAAUACUCAUAGUCAAUUAUUUAAUAGUACUUAAUAAGCUAAAAGCUAUUAAAAAAACUUUUUACAAAACAAGGCCAAAAAAAAAAAAAAAAUUACGACCGCCAAAUGCCCGAGUAGGCCACACCACCACGAUGUGCUUCUCAGCCUCUUACGGCUGGGCUACACCUCUACAAAACUUCCCAAGCACGAAUCAAAACACACAAAUCACCCAAGUGCAUAAAAGGAAGGAAGCUACCAAAAUAUUCACUACAUUUUGGCGCCUAGGUUGAACAUUUCGAAUAUCUUGCUGUUGUUUUCCACUAGAUCAAAGCCCCUUUCCCCACCAAUCUCAAGCCCUCAAGUCUUUCUAUCUUCCAAAUUCAAGGUUCAAUCGUCUGUGUUUUCUGGGAAUAAUUCACAUCGCAAAAAUGGAGCAGCAGCAGCGAAACCCAAGGGCAGUGGCUCAAGAAUCAGAAGAAAUGGAAGAAAUUCAACAUGGCCCUUCUCCUGUUGAACAAUUACAGGCAGCUGGUAUUGCGGCUAUGGAUGUUAAGAAGCUUAAAGAUGCUGGCUUAUGUACAGUUGAAUCUGUUGCCUAUUCUCCGCGCAAGGAGCUUCUUCAUAUUAAAGGAAUUAGUGAAGCCAAAGUUGACAAAAUAAUUGAAGCAGCUUCAAAACUGGUUCCUUUAGGCUUUACCAGUGCUACUCAACUCCAUGCACAGAGACUCGAGAUUAUUCAAAUUACAUCUGGCUCUACAGAGCUUGACAAAAUCUUAGAAGGAGGACUUGAGACGGGAUCAAUCACAGAAUUAUAUGGCGAGUUUCGUUCUGGAAAGACUCAACUUUGUCACACGCUCUGUGUCACUUGCCAACUCCCAUUAGACCAAGGAGGUGGUGAAGGAAAAGCAAUGUACAUUGAUGCAGAGGGGACAUUUAGGCCGCAGAGACUUUUACAGAUUGCGGAGAGGUUUGGGUUGAAUGGUGCUGAUGUGUUAGAAAAUGUGGCCUAUGCAAGAGCAUAUAACACUGAUCAUCAGUCAAGGCUUUUGCUUGAAGCAGCAUCGAUGAUGGUGGAAACAAGAUUUGCUCUUAUGAUCGUAGACAGUGCUACUGCACUUUAUCGGACAGAUUUCUCAGGAAGGGGUGAGUUAUCAGCCAGACAAAUGCACCUUGCUAAGUUCCUUAGGAGCCUUCAGAAGCUGGCAGAUGAGUUUGGUGUCGCUGUGGUCAUUACAAAUCAAGUGGUUGCCCAAGUGGAUGGUUCUGCAGUCUUUGCUGGUCCUCAAAUCAAACCUAUUGGUGGCAAUAUAAUGGCUCACGCUUCCACAACCAGAUUAGCUCUCCGAAAGGGAAGAGGGGAGGAGCGCAUAUGUAAAGUAAUAAGCUCCCCAUGCCUUGCUGAAGCUGAAGCAAGAUUUCAGAUCUCUUCCGAAGGUGUUACUGAUGUUAAAGACUGAUACCUAAUCCUCUUGCUACUGUCAGUGGAUGUACACAACAGCUGUUUUUCUUCACCAUUGCUGUACGGAUGAGGUCUUGCUGAUUACAAUUUAUCAUUGUUGCCUGAAAGGUUGGGAGAGGGUGUAAAUUCUGUAAUGUAGAUUAGUAUAAUAGCAAAUCUACAAAUGUAGAUCCUUUGCUUAGAUGCGUUUUUCAGGUUCUUGUAUACAAUUGUCCUAUUACACUAAUUUCCAUUAUAUUGGCUUCAAGUUUUUUGUUAUUAACAAGCUUAUCUUCUUAUUUGACUUCAAGUUGCAAUUUA